AUUUGAUACGUUUUGUGUUGCAUUUUGGGAGAUGUGGUUUACUACUACUCGAGGCGGAGCUCAGUCAUGAUGAAACUUGGACCAACAAAUAUCUCUGGAGACGUGGUAGCAAUAAUAAUUAAUCUGGCUAGAUGAAUAUAUAAACUCAAUGUAGUAAAUGAUGAUCGAGGAAGAACACGAGAAGAAAAACAACUACAUGGGUCGCAAGUGGAAGUAAUCGAGGAAGGCUUCCAGUCGACGACUCGGCUCAUAACAUUGAGAUCAGUUUUUUGGGCCAUAUCAAGACUUUCUGAGGAAUUGCACGGACGUUUGCAGUGAAAUUGCUUUUUUUCUCAAGCCAAAAAGUGUGGACCCGACGCCACAUUAUAAUUUUCUUACGGAUCGUCGACUCAUAUUGGCAGGCAUGCCAGAGUCUUUGGUGACAUGCGGUUUUGUGCAAUUAGCUUAAGUUGGCUAGCUAGCUAUUGUUUUCCUUUCGCGAACUGCUCUGUCUUGCCAAACACAUUUUAGUAAUAUAUUAUUCCAGAAAUGCAACAGGAGUUGACUGCAGUUUGCUAACUACAUUAGUAUUUCCAAAAUAAUAGAAGAGUGGACUUUCACUUUGCAUGGGCAUUACUUUAUCUACAAAGUAACGUUGCAACUGGGCAAUAAUAGCUAGCUAGUUUAACUGUACUUGCUAGUGUGGUUUGGCUAGUUUGACUGCUCUCAGUUUGAUUACGCUAACGCGUUCAAUGUUGGCUACUUACGUUACUACAGCAAACACCUUGGUACAGUAAGCUAGCUAGUUUUUCGAAUUGGCUGGUUGGCAGUGCUGUUCAAUAUCAAACUGGAGGAGAACCUAUCCAUCUUAUUUGAAGGCUUUUGGGAUACACCAUUUUUUAUUUGUACGAACAACACAUUUGCCCCCUUUGCCACAAUGUUCAAGCUUUGUCUUCAGAGAACUCUAGGAUACACAGUCUCAGCAAGAGCAGUGCUGGAAAGUGUCACUACCGGAAAGGUUUUGAAGGUGUCCCACGUGCAAAGCUGUUGGAUGGGAACGCUCGGACUCAACGAGCAGCGGGAGCACCUGAACUCUCCAAAAAGAGCAAAAGAAUUCAUCUACAGCCUUCACCCCAAAGAAAGAACAUGUUUACUCAAAGAACUGCAGAGCUUUGAGUCCAUAGCUAUAGCACAAGAGACGCAAGAGACUUCACCGCUUACUCAAGCUCAGAUCAGAUACGUGCUCCUACACAAUGCAAUCCCCUUCAUUGGUUUUGGCUUCCUGGACAAUGCCAUCAUGAUUGCGGCAGGAACCCAGAUUGAGUUGUCUAUAGGGGUCACCUUUGGACUAUCGACCAUGGCAGCUGCAGCUCUUGGGAAUCUGGUUUCAGACCUGGCUGGCCUUGGUCUUGCAGGAUAUGUGGAAAUCCUAGCUUCCAGGCUAGGGAUGCAGGUUCCUGACUUGACCCCCAAGCAGGCAGACAUGUGGCAGACCAGGGUUAGCUCGCACAUGGGAAAAGGCAUUGGAGUCACAAUCGGAUGCAUUCUCGGAAUGUUCCCCCUUCUAUUCCUAGGGGAUGAUGAAGAUGAGCACAAGAAAAAAGAAGCACAAACAAACACCCCAAACUCUUAACAGCAUGUAAACUAUUUGUUUGGUCUCGCGUCAAUUGCAACAAGCAUCAGCAGCAUGAUUUUAGUUGAUCUCUAUCUCUGAAAACCUUCUCUAUUUCAUUAUAUAUGCCAUUUACCAGAUGCUUUUAUCCAGUGACUUAGUCAUGGGUGCAUACAUUUUUACGUACGGAUGGUCCCGGUAAUCGAACCCACUAUUCUGGCACUGCAAGCGCCAUGCUCUACCAACUGAGCUACCAGAUAAUCUUCUGAAAAUGUAUUAUGAGCCAUCAGGCUUAUAAAAGUAGUUGCAUUUGAUGGCAAGGUAUUUUCGCAGGAUGGAUUUCGUUGAUGGGUUGAACAUUUGUUUGAGAUUAAGUUAAACCAAUGUACACUACUGGUCGAAAGUUUUUGGAACACCUACUCAUUCAAGGGUUUUAAUUAAAUGUUUGACUAUUUUCUACAUUGUAGAAUAAUAGUGAAGACAAACUAUGAAAUAACACAUGGAAUCAUGUGGUAACCAAAAAA